AAAAAAACCAACAAUGAUUUAACAUAAUUUUUGGGGGAAUUGUACCUAAGAAUUGGAACCCUCACGUCUCGUGAUUCAACUACUUGAAGAUUUAUGCUUCCAAAGGCAUUGUCUGGUAACAAUAAUGUAUUGGGAUUAAAGUUAGUGGUUGUGACAAAGAGAUUCAACUGUUACCACUAAUAACACUAAUUAAUGAGCCUUCCUUGCUAUAAUACCUAAAGAAAAUGAAAGCGGAAAAAUUUAAGAUAAAAUUUACAAGCUCAAAGAAUAUAUCAAGGAAUAAUAUUCCUUCACUCAUGCAAAGAAAAGAACUUUUACAUGUGCAACAAGAUUACUCAAUCAAGACACAUACUCAUAUCAAAAAGCUUUAGAAACCCAAACAGGAAUUAUUCUUGGUUUUCCCCUUCUCAUGAGGAAGUCCUACAGAACCAGCUUGCCCUGUUAAUGGUGGUUUAGCUAGCUUUAUUGCUCUAUAUAAAGAUACAUACGUAUACAAAGAGAUUAUAAGCCCUUGUUCUCCCAAUUUAAACUAACAGUCACACAUAUAUUGUGAUCGAGCUAAUCAUAUAAGAAUCAAAUUAAUCAAUCAAUCUUCAAUGGCAACCAAGGCUGAAGGAGCUACCGGCAGGCAAUCUUACGAGGAUUUUGAACCACUCUGCAAAUGGCAGAAGGAUGAAGAACAUGACACUCUUGAGGUCCAUCUUCAUGGUUUUAAGAAGGGUCAAAUGAGAGUCCAAAUCAACAAUCUUGGUGUCCUAACAAUCUCCGGAUCACGUCCCCUGGAUGAAACAAGAUGGAGCAGAUUCCACAAAGAAAUCAAAGUUUUGAAGGAUUGUAAACCAAAUGAAAUCCAUGCCAAGUUCUCUAAAGGCAUUCUCCAUGUAGUGAUGCCUAAGGGAUCAUCAGAAGAUCACGCAAUCACAAAAACAAAUACUACUCACGACAAAGACAAGCCAAAACCAGCUCAGAUGAACCCAGAAAAUGUGACCAAGGAAUCCAUGGCUAGAGAUCAGUUGAAUGCGGCCGGUGCCUCGACUAGUAUCAGUGGUGACAUUGAGAAUGAUAAUAGAUUGGACGACAACAAGACCAUGAUGAACAGCUUCAAGGAAAGAAUUUCACGGCUUACUAGGGGUAAGCCUAUGAUCGUGGGAGUGGCCGUGGUGGUGGCAGUGGCGGCGGUGGUGCUUCUAGGGAUAUAUGUAAUGAACAAAUAUCAAGCUCCUGACCAUGUCCAAGACUAAACAUGUAAUUUACGUUUUUCAGGAAAAUAAAAGGCUGAAUUUGGUAAUACUUUGCCAUCUGGUCAAUAUUAGUAUCGACUAAUUACAUUAAUACUUUGCAAUUAGUCCUAUCUCACUCAAAUAUCAAGAAUUUAUUCUCAUUCAAAAUUAUAUAAAAUACAACUAUUGAUAUUCUUAAUUUUCACAAAUCAUUUUCCGGAAAUGCUACAUUGUUCACAUACAUUGAUUUCAAAGCGAGGUUAGGCAACAAAUGAAGGAUAACAAUAACCACGUACGAUUCAAUCAGUGAACUGCAGACAAUUCCAAUAUAGAUUUAUUAUAUUAUUAUAUAUUAUACCCAUCUAACAAUAUUAUAUACUGUAAUCAUCUCCAAAACCUUUGCAUGCAUGGUCCUAACUCCUAAGUGAGCAUUUUGCUUGUCUAUUCCAAAGCCCCUUGCCGUCCUUGGGCAGCAUUUGUUGUUAGGACUUGCCAUUCCCAAACCCUAUAAAUAUAUACAUCUCCUAGAGAUCUUCAUAAUCAACAACCAUUGGAGCAAGCUAGAUAUAAUUUGACGUGAAAAAUCAAUGGCUUCCUCUCGCAUUCUCUCCAUCUUUUCGCUCGUUGCUGCCAUUGUUUCAACAUCCACGUUGGCUAAGGAAUUCAUUGUUGGUGAUCAGGCUGGGUGGACGAUUGGUUUCGAUUACAAAAAUUGGGCACAGGGAAAGAACUUCAUGGU